GAUCUUUGCAGCGGUUUUUGUCAAGGUAAGUUUUCCGGGCUGGCAACAUUAGUUCUGACAUUGAAGGAGGGCAGUAGGUAGUGAUCGGUGGCAUUAUGUCAUAAGACCCGACAAGCUGAGUUGGGUUAGGUUUUGUAGCAGCGCGAGGUGGUUUUUGGCGGUGGAUCCAUAGGCUCAGAAGGAGGAGAUGACAGCUUGUCUCGGCAUUGAACCACAUUAGACUGGGAAGGGAGACAACGGCCGUUAAGAGGUGACAGAAGCAGAGGGCAGGUGCUUACCUGUCCAAAAUUGAUGACCAGAACUUUUGUACCUUGAAGCUUCCGUUGCUUUCUUGCUAACGUCGUUUUUCUUGAUGGAAAACUAAUCAGCAACAUGUGAAGUCACUCCCUGAAAAAUAUUAUUUUCAGUGGCUUUCUUGUGCCUUUCUCGUUCGCCUCCGUCAGGUUCCUAUCCUGCGUCAAGAUCCAGCGUCGGAGCAGAGCAGGAGCAGGGGUGCCGCGCUCGCGGAUGGAAAGGCGUCGAGGAAGGCUAGGAGAUCCUCCUCUGUCAGAUCAUCGUACGCCGCUGCCUCCAGCUCCGGCAGCUAGUGCGAGAGCUACAGCGCGCCAGGGCGGUGCCAAGUGCGGCUCUGGCGUCGGAUCUGCCGUUCCGUCUCGCGUUCUGCCGAGCGACCUUGACCAGGUGCUAGGCCUGGGCUGCCGACCCCUCGGCGUCCUGACCCUACAGCCGUCAGGCCUGCUGGUUGUAGCAGCACACUGCUUCGCUAGCUUAGCUUCAGUGCUUUUAGCCAUGCGACUAUUGUGCUUCAUCUUUGGCAUGUUUUAUUGGGUCUCAACUUGUUGUCAGUGCACAGUAGCUGCAGGCUCGGACAGCACAAUAGCCAGUGCAUUAUUCUGAAGGCAAAGUGCAUCUUGCAUGGUUUCUUCAACCAGAAGAUGUCGCCGAUUCGAAAUGUUUCCGGUGCCGUUGGAUUGAGAUCCUCUGGCCCAUAUUUCAGUCAACAGCACGUCAACGCAUGCACUGGCUAAAGACAAACGAAUCAGUCAAACUAGCCCGCCUCCACGGCGCGGCCACUUCGACUCCCACUCUCCCCGCCGCGCGCGCACACCGCCGCUUUCGCCGCGCACCAAGCUAGCCGCCUGCAGUUCCCACCACCGUCCCGGCGCCGGAAAUGUUGCGCCGGGUGCGCCCCGGCCGCUCCUCAUGGCCGCAGCUGAAGCGGAUCGGCGGAGAGCGCGUCCCCUUGGGAAGCCUCUGCCGCGAGGAGGCGCGCCAGCUCUGCGACGAGUUGCUCCCAGCGAUCCCCGGGCAGUCCCCAACGCCGUCAGGGUCUUCCACGCCGCCGAUCAUGUCGCGCCCUUGCUGGGAACUGGAACGGGUAAUCGGAGAGGGUUGUCGCUCGGGAAACCUCGGCCCGGAGGACGCGCUCCACCUGUUCGAUGAAUUGCUACCCCAAGCUAGGCCCGCCUCGGUUUACGCCUUAACCCAGCUCCUCACCGUCGUCGCUCGUGCUCCAGCCUCCUCCCGCGUGCGGUACGGCCCUGCGCUCGCCGUCUCCCUCUUCAACCGCAUGGCCCGAGCCGGCGCCAAGAUGGUCGCUCCCACCAUAUACACCUACAGCAUCCUCAUCGGCUGUUGCUGCCAAGCGGGCCGCUUAGACCUCAGCUUCGCUGCCUUCGGUCAAAUCUUUAAGACGGGAUUGAGGGUGAAUGUCAUCACCUUCACGCACCUGCUCAGGGCACUCUGUGCCGAGAAGAGGACGAGCGAUGCAAUGGAUAUAGUGCUCCGACGAAUGCCGGAGCUCGGCUGCACGCCCAACGUCUUCUCCUACAGCACACUUCUCAAAGGGCUCUGCGACGAGAAGAAGAGUCACAAGGCUCUCGAGCUGCUCCACAUGAUGGCUGUUGAUGAAGACAAAGGCAAAUGCCCACCAAAUGUGGUAUCAUAUAACACCGUUAUCGAUGGUUUCUUUAAACAGGGUGAGGUGGAGAAAGCUUACAUCCUAUAUCGUGAAAUGCUGGAUCACGGGAUUUUGCCUGAUGUUGUGACUUACAACUCAAUCAUUGAUGGCCUAUGCAAGGGUAAAGCAUUGAACAAGGCCAACGAGGUCCUUCAACAGAUGAUUGGUAAAGGUGUUAUACCGGAUAAUUUCACAUAUAACAAUCUGAUCCAUGGAUAUUGCUCUUUAGGGCAGUGGAAGGAGGCACUUAGAAUGCUCAAGCAAAUGUGCAGGGAUGGUCAUGAACCAGAUGUUGUUACUUAUAAUUUGUUGAUAGACUAUCAUUGCAAAAAUGGAAGAUGCACGGAAGCUAGAAAGAUUUUUGAUUAUAUGGUCGAGAGGGGCCCAAAACCAGUUGUUGAGACCUAUCGCAUUCUGCUUCAUGGGUAUGGUACCAAAGGAGCUCUUGCUGAAAUGGAUGAUCUCAUUUCUUUGAUGGUAAGGAAUGAUAUUCCGCCUGACCAUCAUGUCUUCACCAUACUGAUAUCCGCAUAUGCUAAGUGUGGAAUGGUAGAUGAGGCCAUGCUUAUAUUUGACAAAAUGCGGCAGCAAGGAUUGGCCCCUGAUGUUGUUUCGUAUAGUACAAUAAUACAUGGGUAUUGCUUGGCUGGUAAAAUGGACGAAGCGAUGAAACUACUUGAUGCUAUGGUCUCGAUUGGCUUGAAACCUAAUGGUAUUUCUUAUAAUAUAUUGAUUAAUGGCUAUUGUAAAACUGGAAGGGUGCAGGAUGCAUUAACUCUGUUCAGCCAAAUGUUGAGCAAGGGAAUUAAGCCCGACACUAUCACAUAUCACAUGACAUGGCAAGUGUUAUUUCAGGCUGUGGGGACUGCCGCUGGCCUGCUGCAAGGGAACUCUGUAAAGAUGAUUAAAAGUGGAAAUGGAACUGUGGAGCAUCCUGGAAAUUUAGCAAUGUAGUAUAAUUUUAGCAGGGAUUUUUUUAAAGGUCUUGAUGAAGCAGUUGUGCAUGAAUCAUUUCGACCUUUCUCAUUAUUAUUUAAAUCUUUUUGAGCCGUCUUUAACUUCAGGUAGACAUAAUUGCCCUUUUUUUUAAUAAAAAACUAGAUAUUAUUACAUUUUUCUUUGUUUAAUGUAAACGAGCCUUCCUUUUGGACUUCAGACAUAAUUCCUGUUAUGCUUUGGCAAAUUUUCCUAAUAACUAUAAUUUUGCCAUUUGCAGUGUUGUAUGAUUCUCAUUGCAGGUUGUCUGCAUUGCAAUUUUUCAAAGUUACUUUAAACAUGUUCUUACUAUAUAGCACCACAUUUGAUCACACACUCCUGGAACUAUGCAGCUUUUUGCCGAACAAUGGUUAUCCUUGCUAUUGGAGCAUCUUCUGCCUUAAGGCAGUUAGUUUUAGGAAUGUGGUUACUUGUCCAACCAACAGUUCUCCUUUUGUAAUCAAGGUUAAUUACUUAGCAAAGGUAGUAAUGGAUAACCAUUGUUCGGCAAAAAGCUGCAAUGAGAAUUUAAUUUCCGUUUGUAAUUUCAAAAUAGUUCAGUAUGCUCCUAUUUAGAUGUUAUUAAUUUAAUUUCCGUUUGUAAUCUUGUAUGGGAACUGUCAUUAUUACUGUUAGGACUAAGGCAUGUCAUUUUCGGCGAUCCCUUGCUUCCAAGGUCCUCAAUAAUUCCAUUAUUCACUAUAUUCUAUAUUUGUGGAGAAUAUGCCUUCUCCAUGAGGAGCUUUGCUACUAGUCUUCUACAAUAAAACUAUAAUAGCAGCCUCCUGUAAACUCUGUGGUGUGUCUCUGCUGCAGCAACCGUGCUCCGUCUGAGGCCUCCUCCAGACUUGUGCAUCCUUGCUACCCGGCACAGUUUGACAAGAACGUAGCUGAAGUGAACCACAAGAACUAGUUGUGUCAGCUGAUCUAUGCGGUACUUUCUGGUCAUGAAUGGAAGCUUCUGGUUCCAGUUAUAACUGGAGCACCAAGCUUGGCCUGGUCGCAAAACUGAUACAUUAGUCAUGUCUCUAAUGAUUGUUUUUCUGUGCGGUAUGCAUGGAAGCUGCCUGUUAAUCUUUUGAUAUUUUUUUGUCGUUGAUUGCUAGCUGGAAUUGUAAGCUAGAGAAAUGUAUAGUGUGAGACCAAGGCUGCCUGGUUUGUGGUGUCAGUUCUUGCACAAGCUAGAGAAAUGCUUCAGUUUUUGCCUUGUUAAAUUGCGAAUGACUGCAUCACUGC